AUGCGCAAAAAAUCGUUGCUAACCAGAAAAGUGACUGUGAAAAACAGUGAACCAACGGGUGAUGUCAUUCUGGACGAGGCUUUGAGACAUAUGAAGGAGACGAAUCCACCGGAAACCGUGACUAGUUGGAUAGAGUACCUCAGUGGAGAGACCUGGAAUCCUCUGAAGCUAAGAUAUCAACUUCGCAAUGUUCGUGAGAGACUAGCAAAGAAUUUAGUGGAGAAAGGUGUUCUAACAACAGAUAAACAGAAUUUCCUGCUAUUCGAGAUCACCACCCAUCCUCUUUCGGAUGGGAAUCAGAAGACGAAACUUAUAAAGGAAGUUCAAGACGCUGUGCUCAGUAAAUGGACAAACGAUGUUCAUCGAAUGGACAAGAAGAUGUUGUCACUUGUCAUACUAGCCCAUGCUUCUGAUGUUCUCGAAAAUGCAUUUGCCCCAUUGAGUGAUCAGGAUUACGAGGUAGCGAUGAAAAGGGUUCGGUCGUUGCUCGAGUUAGAAUACGACGCACAAGCAGAAAAGAAAGGAAACGAGGUUAUGUGGGCCGUGUUUGAAGCGUUCAGCAAAUGA